CCACAGGCCAGCUCAAGUAUAUAUAUAAUCUUUGCAUCAGAAACAUUCAUAAUCUGCACAUAAACAAUACAAUGAAAGGGCAUUCAAUAUGAAUGAAUUUUGGAUCUCAAUUUUGGUCUUUAGUGUCACGUAUACAGUCCAGUCUGGUAGAUACUGCAUUUCUGCACAAUCCCUCAAGGAGAUCGAUGUUUAUCACCCUGAAACAAAGCUCAGUGUGGAUAUCGGACACUCGGCUCAUCUACAAUGUUGUGUUAUAGGAAAAGAUGAUGGUGAAAUAAUCUGGUUUAGGCAACAAAAUGGAAAUCAGCCCCGGGUUAUAGUCAGGGUUCCUAAAACUGCUAAUGCAACAUUUUACCAUGAAUUCCAAAAUUCACAUUUUCAGAUUAAAAGACUGGGAAACUGCUUUAAUCUGACCAUUUCACACUCCACAGUGUCUGACGAAGCCACGUACUACUGUGCAUUCAUGUUUGCAGCUGGAACUCGGCUACAAAUUAAAGGUGAUCGUGUUACCACUACAUCAGUAACAUCUAAACCAACACUGCAUGAAGACAACAUGAGCAUGAACACACAAGAAAAAACAGUGCUCGGUUUGGGAUCGGCUUUGGGUUUGUGCGCACUUCUGAUUUUCUGUCUCAUUUAUUUCCUCCUGCGAAGAAAAUGUGAUAAAAUGAACACUUCUGUUAAAGAUUCUCCAGGAAUGCAGCAGGAAUUUGAAGACGACACCCUGAAUUAUGCAGCCUUGCAGUUCUCUAAGCGGAAAGUCAAAGCUGGAAGGAGAAAACCGGACUCCGUCGAUGAGUGUGUGUACUCCGAUGUGAAUCGAACUGUGAGGUGUAACAUAAACAAAUAAGUCAUACCACAUAUAUAUUUCACUGGAAAAAUAAAUGAAAAUAUUUUGACUUAAGGGUAAUUUAUUGUAUUAUUAUGUAUUAUGUAUAUCAAGCUUCAAAAGCUUGAUAAUUUAUCUGCUAACAGAUACACAGGAGAAGUGAUAAUACUAAAUAACAGGAAAAAAUACAUUUUAAAUAAAGUUUUAUGAUAAGAAAUAUAAAAUACAUUUCCAUAUGUUAAAGGUAUUAUUUUUUCCAGUGUGUAUCUAAAACACGAAUGCGACAUGGUUUACA